AUGCAGCAGGCGCAGCAGCAGAGCGUCCCGUCUCUGUUGGACCUGCUGCACCUGGCCUCAGGCUCCGGGUCCAUGGUCCUGUUCGACCUGCACCGCCCGCCCCCGGCCCACCCCCACCGGGACACCUGGAUCCAACGCAUCCUGGACGUGGUGCUCAACCAGUCGGCCAUUCCCCCUUCCCAGGUGCUGUGGUUGCCCUCAGACCUACGGGAUCAGGUUCAGGAGCUGGAGCCAGAUCUGCAGCAGACCUCAGGGAGUCAGCGCCCCCUGGAGGAUCUGCAGAGGAACAACAUCGUCAGACUCAACCUGCACUACAGCCAUGUGUCUGCGAGCAUGGUCAGGCAGUAUGCGUUGCUGAACAUCAGUGUGAACCUGUACGUGGUCAGUGAGCCCUGGCUGUUCUCUGUGGCCUGGUGCAGCGGCGUCCAGUCUGUGACGUCCAACUGUCCCCACACGCUGAGGGACAUGAGGCGCCCCCUGCUGCUCAUGAGUCCAGUCCAGUACCAGACUCUCUGGACUCUCUCAGACCUGGUGUCUCUGCUGCUGGUGCUGCUGCUCUUCUGCUUCCACUGGUGGAGGGAGCGGUCUCUGUCCCUAAUCUCAGCUCACAGGGCUCUGGACACAGGGACCUACAUCAGCACAGAGCUGUGUGAGGUGUGGUCAGUGAGCAGUGCAAAUGCUGAAGACUCGCUUUGA